GCGGUUUGAACGAGACGAAGACGGAACCGAAGCCGGGCGCAGGCCGUGGACGCGGUCCCGCCGAGAGCCGAAGAUGGCAGUGAACGUAUAUUCAACAUCAGUCACCAGUGAUAACCUAAGUCGACAUGACAUGCUGGCCUGGAUCAAUGAGUCUCUGCAGCUGAAUCUGACGAAGAUUGAACAGUUGUGCUCAGGGGCUGCCUACUGUCAGUUUAUGGACAUGUUGUUCCCUGGCUCCAUUGCCUUGAAGAAAGUGAAAUUCCAGGCUAAGCUAGAACAUGAAUACAUCCAGAACUUCAAAAUACUACAAGCAGGUUUUAAGAGAAUGGGUGUUGACAAAAUAAUUCCUGUGGACAAAUUAGUAAAAGGAAAGUUUCAGGACAAUUUUGAAUUUGUUCAGUGGUUCAAGAAGUUUUUUGAUGCAAACUAUGAUGGAAAAGACUAUGACCCCGUAGCUGCCAGACAAGGUCAAGAAACUGCAGUGGCUCCCUCCCUUGUUGCUCCAGCUCUGAACAAACCGAAGAAACCUCUCAGCUCUAGCAGUGCAGCUCCACAGAGGCCCAUUGCAACACACAGAACUACUGCAACCCCUAAGGCUGGCCCGGGUGUGGUGCGAAAGAAUCCUGGUGUGGGCAACGGGGAUGAUGAAGCAGCUGAAUUGAUGCAGCAGGUCAACGUAUUGAAACUUACCGUUGAAGACUUGGAGAAAGAAAGAGAUUUCUACUUUGGAAAGCUAAGGAACAUUGAAUUGAUUUGCCAGGAGAAUGAGGGGGAAAACAAUCCAGUAUUGCAGAGGAUCGUGGACAUUCUGUAUGCUACAGAUGAAGGCUUUGUGAUACCUGAUGAAGGGGGCCCACAAGAGGAACAAGAAGAGUAUUAACGGCCUGGACCAACAGAGCAACAUCCGAAUUCUUCACUCCAAAUCAUGUGCUUAACUGUAAAAUACCCCCUUUUAUUAUUCUUAGAGGACUCACUGGUUUCUUUUCAUGAGCAAAACAGUACCUCUUCUUAAAGUGCACUUUGCAGAAGUUUCACCCCUUUUCCAAUGAGUUUGAGUUAGGAGCUUUUACCCUGUAGCAGAGCAGUAUUAACAUCUAGUUGGGUCACCUAGGGAACAAAGAGGCUGACCAUGGGGCUCACCGUGUGGACGCUGGUAACACUGAGUGCUGGAGAAGGUGUUAUUAUGUGAUACACUGAGGUGGAAACCUCAGUAGAGAAAUGUAAAGACUGAUUUGAAUUUUAAGCUAAUGUGAAAUCUUGGCAGAGAACGUUUUAAUAAAUAAAUGCCUUAAGAGUAAAAAAAAAAAAAAAAAAAAAAAAAAAAAAAA